CCGGGGCCGAGAACGGUCAGGGUGAGGGGAAGGCCUCAGCUCCUUCCGCCCGCGCCCCGGGUGAAGGGCCCGAUUCGGGCUCCCGGGGCGGCGGAAAAAGCCGCUAGUUGGGUGCUCACCGAGAGGUGAGAGCGGCCGAUUUGGGCCACGAGGGGGCGCUUAGGAGCUGGGGACACCCCUCCCUGCCCGCCUCAGUCCCCCGCCCCCUCCCCGCCCGCGCGCAAAACACUCGCCCCAGAGGCAGCGCAGCGGAGCCCGAGCCGCGGCCGGAGCUGAGCCGGAGAACGGCGGUGGCGGCGGCGGCACCAUGACCCUGGGCAGCUGCUGCUGCGAGAUCAUGUCCUCCGAGAGCUCCCCGGCCGCGCUGUCCGAGGCCGACGCAGACAUAGACGUGGUGGGCGGCGGCGGCGGCGGCGGCAGUGGUGGCGGGGAGCUCCCUGCCCGCUCCGGGCCCCGCGCCCCCCGGGACGUGCUCCCGCACGGCCCCGAGCCUCCCUCGGAGGAAGCCGAAGGAGACGCAGCUGAGGACGAAGAGUCUGGCGGCUGCUCGGACGGAGAGCCCCGCGCUUUAGCGCCCCGGGGGGCGGCGGCCGCAGCAGGAAGCCCCGGGCCAGGCGCGGCGGGGGCCCGAGGCUCAGCGGGGCCCGGGCCCGGACCGCCGUCGGGGGGCGCGGCGACGAGGAGCCCACUGGUGAAGCCGCCCUAUUCGUACAUCGCGCUCAUCACCAUGGCCAUCCUGCAGAGCCCCAAGAAGCGGCUGACGCUGAGCGAGAUCUGCGAGUUCAUCAGCGGCCGCUUCCCCUACUACCGGGAGAAGUUCCCCGCCUGGCAGAACAGCAUCCGCCACAAUCUCUCGCUCAACGACUGCUUCGUCAAAAUCCCCCGCGAGCCGGGCAACCCAGGCAAGGGCAACUACUGGACGCUGGACCCGGAGUCGGCCGACAUGUUCGACAACGGCAGCUUCCUGCGGCGCCGCAAGCGCUUCAAGCGGCAGCCGCUACCGCCGCCGCAUCCACACACGCACCCUCACCCGGAGCUGCUGUUGCGUGGCGGGGCUGCGGCGGCAGGGGACCCCGGAGCCUUCCUGCCGGGCUUCGCCGCUUACGGCGCCUACGGCUAUGGCUAUGGGUUGGCGCUCCCUGCCUACGGUGCCCCCCCGCCAGGCCCGGCCCCGCAUCCACAUCCGCACCCGCACGCCUUUGCUUUCGCCGCCGCAGCCGCGGCCGCCCCUUGCCAGCUGUCGGUCCCCCCAGGUCGUGCCGCUGCGCCUCCACCCGGACCUCCGACAGCCGCGGUGUUCGCAGGCGCAGCUUCUGCACCGGCCCCUGCGCCUGCCCCGGGCACAGGGUCGGGCCCGGGUCCGGGUCCCGCAGGCCUGCCCGCCUUCCUGGGCGCGGAGCUGGGCUGCGCCAAAGCCUUCUAUCCCGCGUCACUGAGCCCUCCCGCAGCCGGCACCGCGGCUGGUCUGUCCACCGCACUCCUGCGCCAGGGCCUCAAGACGGACGCGGGCGGUGGUGCGGGCUCCGGGGGUGCCGGAGGCGCCGGGGCCGGUCAGAGGCCUUCUUUCUCUAUAGACCACAUCAUGGGCCACGGUGGCGGCGGGGCAGCACCCCCGGGCGGAGGUGAGGGCUCGCCGGGAUCGCCAUUCGCGGCGGCGACGGGCCCUGGGGGUCAAGCCCAGGUCUUGGCCAUGCUGACUGCCCCGGCCCUGGCUCCAGUGGCCGGCCACAUCCGCCUCUCGCACCCCGGGGACGCGCUCCUGUCCUCAGGGUCCCCGUUUACCGGCAAAGUCGCGGGUCUCAGUGGCUGCCACUUCUGAACUGCCUCGUGCUCAGGGCCACUUAGGCCCGCACUCCUCAGUGUCUCCCGGGAACUGCGGUCCCAGCGGAACUCAGGGAGUCUAUUUAUGAAGAGUCUCCAGACCUUGGGCCGGCGCGCGUGACUUGGCACUUCAAGCUCCACGCUCAGAAUCUGAUAGUUGGGACGAAGCGGGCUCCAUCUCUCAGGGAGAGGCCCGGGUCUACGCGACGAGGUCGCAAGCCAUGAUCCCAUUCCAGUCUGAGCAGUAAAGGGGGGAGGGGGGAGUCUUCGCUUUUUCCCAGACUCUGCACCUCUGGUAGCCCCGGAAGAAUGCUUUCCCGGAGAGAUGCCUGUCCCGGCCCUGAGGAUCCCGCCAGAAACACCAACUGCGCCAAGAGGUCUUCCUCUCUGCCUCUCCCUCCUUCCCCGACUUUGAGGCCCUGCUUGUCCAAUAUUAUAAUUUAAAGACACCUAUUAUUCGCUUCGUGCUUAAAAGAAAAUUUCAACUUUUUUCCCCCCGCUGUUUUCCAAGAAAGUUCGUUCUCUCUGAAGCCUAAAGCUGUAUCUACACAGGCGAAGCUGAACGGAGAGGUGAAGCCAGGGGUCUGCACAAUCCCUGCGGCAACCCUGAAUCUCACUCCACUAAGGAGCAUCCUCUUUAUGUUGGGGUGCUUUUGAAGGAACUUUUCCCCUUCCCGUGGCCGGCUGGGUCCAGCCAACCAGGGCCAGCAGCCCUCUCAGCGUUCUGCUCUGUCCCAGGCCCUGGGAUAUUUAUUGUAGCUAAAGGCAAUGAGGUUGGGGUGGGAGAGGAGGGUCUGGGUCAGGGACUGGAGAGGUGGGGGUGGGGUGGGCAGGGCACAUCCUGUGGCAGGGGGUCCUGUAAUUAUGUGUAAAUAUCUGUAUAGCGGGCUGCUAUCUGCGUUCUCUGUCCACUGGGUGUGCAUUGAUUUAGACUUCUCCACUACAGGGAGACUCUGUGAAAUCGUCUGAUGGUUUGUGUGGAAGAAAAGAAAAAUCUGUCUCCCCCGACUCCCUAUUGGUGUCAAUUGAAUAAAUGUAUGUGA